UAUGCAUCGAAAUCUAAAUCCCCAGGCAAUAAAACCCACCAUUUCCCCUCUUCGCUUUUAAUUUGUUGUGGGUGUGUGGUGUUUCUAUUACUUAUAUUUCUCUUUUAACUGUCACUGUCUCUGUCUCUGUCUACUAUCUUUCUUGUUAUUGUUCUUCUUGUUGUUGCUGUUGUUGGUCUAUCAGAGUGGUGGGUGGAUGAUGGCGGCGGCGGCGGCGGCAGCAGGGAGCGUGAAUAGUGGGGUGGCACCGUUCCUGAGCAAGACGUAUGAUAUGGUGGAUGACUCGUGUACCGAUUCGAUGGUGUCGUGGGGGAAUAACAACAACACCUUCGUUGUUUGGAAUGUCACCGAAUUCGCCAAACACAUCUUGCCUAAGUAUUUCAAGCACAAUAACUUCUCCAGCUUCGUCAGGCAAUUGAAUACUUACGGCUUUAGAAAGGUUGACCCAGACCGCUGGGAAUUUGCAAAUGAAGGUUUUUUAAGGGGUCAAAAACAAUUGUUGAAGAGUAUCAAUAGGCGAAAAUCUGCUCAUGUAAAUGGUAUUAGUCAACAACCAUCUCAGGUGCAGAACUCACCUGUUGGGGCAUGUGUGGAAGUUGGUAAGUUUGGGAUUGAGGAAGACAUUGAAAGACUGAAAAGGGACAAGAAUGUUCUUAUGCAGGAACUUGUUAGGUUAAGACAGCAACAACAAACGACUGAUAACCAAUUGCAAACUGUUGGGCAACGUGUGCAGGUAAUGGAGCAGCGUCAGCAACAGAUGAUGUCAUUUCUAGCGAAGGCCAUGCAUAGUCCGGGCUUCUUGUCUCAGUUUGUACAGCAGCAGAAUGAAAGUAAUAGACACAUAACUGGAGGCAAUAAAAAGAGGAGGCUCCACAGGCCGGAAGAAGAUAAUUUAGCAACCAAUCAUCUCCAUAAUGCUCUUGAUGGACGUCUUGUCAAGUACCAACCUUCUAUAAAUGAGGCAGCAAAAGCAUUAUUUUGCCAGAUAUUGCAAAUGAACAAUUCUACAAGGAUGGAAUCAUCAAUUAAGAACUCUGAUUCAUUCAUUAUUGAUGAAGUUCUGUCAGCCGUUCCAUUGGAUAGUAGUAGUUCAUCCACUCAAGUUUCUGGUGUAACCCUUUCUGAGGUUCCACCUAUUUCCAGACAGUCAUAUAUGGCAGCAGAAUCUCAGUUUCCUGGCAGUUGUAUGACCAAUAGCAUAUCUGAGGUGCAAUCUUCACCUGCUGUGUUGACUGACUGUGUCGAAGGAGCUGAAUUUCCAGAACUAACAGUGCAUACUUGUGACGACAAUGUUUUAGAUUUUGGUGAAGUCCAAGGGAUGGGGGCAGAAAGCAGCUUCAUGAAUCCUGAUCUAAAGUUUGUAGGGUCUGACACUGUGAAUGAUGAGGAGAUAGAUGUGAUGUCAACUGUUUUAGAUGGGUCACAAUCUGUAGAAGCUGAUGUUUUUUCUACUGAUGCAGAUGGUAUUUCUAAGCUUCCAGGAAUCAAUGAUGAAUUCUGGGAACUGUUUUUGAGGCCAAGCCCACUUACUGGAGAUACAGAUGAAGUUAAAUGUAGCUCUCUGGUAUGUGGUUUGACCGAAGACCUAGAAAUGUCAUCAGAAAGAGAGAGUCAACAGGAAAAGAUGGAUAAGAAACAGCAUAUUGACCAUCUUACUCAACAGAUGGGGCUUCUAGCAUCAAAGUCUUAAUUGUGUAUAUAUGUUUCUUGCAGAUGAAGACGUUGAGGUCCUUUGCUGCUGGGCAGACAAAGCCAUUCUGUUUCUACAAAGACACCAGAAAGAUAUCAUCAAAUCCCUGUUUCUCUUUCUCCCAUCCGUGUGACUGCCCCUUUUCAUGUAUUUUGUUUGUCAUAUGGGGCCAAAAAAACAAAUAAAGUUUACGUAAAUUCCUAUAUAUCCUUAUAUGUAUUUUGACAAUUCUCUGUGCUCGUUCUGAUACCAAAUGUUAACAUUAACAGUCAUUCUCCAUCUCCUCCUCUGAUGAUGUGUUAAUAUUUUAGU